AUGGAGACCUGUAACAGCGAACACCCCCGCUGUCGGCGACGACAGACACCCAGAUUGCCCAAGCGUGUGCUGGAGGUGACGGAUGACGCAUCUGUUCCCGGUAACCGUCUGUACGUUUGCGCGCCUGAAGAGUGCUGCGCAUACAUUGCCCUGAGCCAUUGCUGGGGCGACGCGGCAACAGUGCCCAAGACGACGCGAGCCACUCUGGAGCUGUACAAGCAAACAGUCCCAGACGAGGUUUUGUCACGGACGUUUCGCGAUGCGAUUUUGAUCACUCGACAGCUUGGUUUCAAAUACAUCUGGAUAGAUGCGCUCUGCAUUGUCGAGGACGAUCCACAGGAUUGGGCUGCCGAAGCAGUCACUAUGGCCGCGAUAUACGGCAACGCAAGCCUUACUAUCGCUGCGGCAUCCUCGGAAGACGGCCAUAGCGGCUUAUUCUACGAGCGCCAGAGGGGACAAGAACGCCGAGUACCCACUGAUCCAUCGCUGAACAUGGAAUUCCUCGUAAGGCUUCGGGUCGACCAUGAAUUCGCCCAGACUUUGGUCGGCAGGCCAACGUGGGGCUCAUGGCCGCUGUCGAAACGAAAGUGGUGCUUCCAAGAGCGCAUCCUAAGCCGGCGGACUGUGUACUACACUAAUGGCGAGAUCGUGUGGGAGUAUAUGACGGGGGUGCUGUGUGAAUGCGGCGAGGAUACUUUGACCGGCUCAGGUCCACCACUGGGACCAGGCUCCUAUUUGUUCGACAAGCGGAGGCUUGCCGAGACGGGGCCUACUUUUGACAGAGACCUUCCUCCGAGGCUGAAAGAGGUAGCACCCACCUGGUCAUGGGCGUCCAUAAUCGGCGCCCCCAUUGAUUACAAUGACGUGCGAUUUUGGGGCAGCAGCGGGAAUCCGAAAUGCUUCACGGGAUCUGAGCUGGAGCGCUUCUACGAACCACAGGUCCACGUACGCAAUGCUCACUGGGAGCAAAUAGACAACGACCCGUUCGGACGCAUCAGUGGCGCUGUACUGGACCUGGAAGCGCUGGGGAUCCAAACGACAUUCUCAAGUGUCGGACAAAGCUGGGUCAAGUUUAAUCACUGGAAGAACUGGACCCAAUGCGCUUUCGACGAAUAUCAGGACUACGCAGACAUCGAGGGAAAAGAAGCGUGGCUGCUGCUUAUAGUGCGUAAUAACGCCGCUUACCAUAAGGAGGUCUAUCUCGUGGUAAGACCUAACGACGAUGGCACUUCUCGACGUAUUGCGCUUGCUGGCGGAAGGGAUCGCUGCGUGUUGGAGAACUCUCAGCGCCCGGCAGAAAGAAAGACUUUCCGCCUUGUCUAG